UGUCACUCUCAGUGUAAUAAUUGAAAAGCUGUUUUUGCUCCCUUUCUUUAUUGCUUUGCUUCCCCUGCUUUGAAGAAAAGAAAAGAAAACGAAACGAACGCACGUAUACGAUUACCAAGAACAAUGAUCACCUGCAUUUCUGUUUCUUGAUUUCUGUAGCGGGGACUUUCACCUGUGGGCUGUGGCCGUGAUCUUGAGUAAGACAGAGAACUGCCCAAGCAUAUGCUUCUGCAGUUAAGACUUGUAAUUGAAGUGUGAUCAUAUUUGACAUGAUGACAUCUAAUGUGCGACCAAGUAGGAAAGACUUAAAAUCUGCUAUGAAUGCGAGAUUUAGUUCACAGUCUAAAGAGAACUCAAAACAGCUGCGAAACUCCAAAACUGCAGGGGAGAGGGCUCUUUCACACUAUGAACAUCAGAUUUUGAAGUCCCAAGGCAAGUUAAAGGUAAAUCCUUGUGUUGGUCCACCAAAUUCUGAUGUACCUCAUGAUCUAAGACAGGAAGCAGAAGGUAAAAUCUUGGGCCAACCGAAUUCUUCGGGGAAUCAGCUACGGCAGUAUAUGAAAGGCAAGGUAACAGAAGAUGAUGAAAUUGUCAAACACAUGUCCAAUUUGCCAGGUUAUCUCCAGCGCAUUGAGGGAGGAGAGAACCUUCAAGAUAAAACAUUCAAUGUCGGGGUUCUGGAUUGGGGGCGUUUAGAGAAAUGGAAGUAUACCCAAAAGAAUAGCCCAACAAGAGGACACAAUAACAUAUCUUCUACAAGCAGUAGAACGUUGAGAACAACUAUCAAGUCAUCUACCUUUUCUAGUGCAGCGCAACAGGGAACACAUGUUCAUCAAACUGAGCAAACUCCGUCACUUUUUUCAAUUUUCAACCCAUCUCAAAAGGAUGACCUUCCUCGGGAUGCUAAACCAUCUUGCCAGAAGGUUUUACGCUUUCUAGAUGUGGAGACUUCUCCAAGGAGCAACUUGGGUGGCAAUAGAAAGAUACCACGGGCAGGUAAGACUUCUUCCAGCAAUAAUGGAGAUGUAACUCUCAGAAAGGGGAAGACAAGACGUUCAGACCAGAGGAUAACUUUAGAAACGGAAAAUUCGUUAACAAGCUUGAGCAAUUAUGUGAAGAUAGCAGUCAGUCAGAAGGAAAAAGGGAGUAAUUGGGAUGAAAAUGUCGAGAAGAGGGUAAGGGAAACACAGGAACCAAAUACACAGAGAAAUUUGGAUAGAACUUAUGUGGUCUCACCCGGUUCAAAUGAGAAGUCAAUUGACGGCUAUGAUGAAACAAAGAAGAGAACGCGGAAGUUGAAAAGCUUCCGGAAGGAAUCCAGAGAACUAUUGGAUGAGAGUUUGUUUGCCGCAAAUCAAAAUAGCCUUUCGGAUGGUUUACCUCUGAAGGACAUUUGCUCUGAGGAACUCCGUUCCGAUGUUCCACACUCCUGCCCGCUGCCUGCUCAAGUUGAGACUACAGUCGAGCCAAUCUUAACGGCACCUAGCCCUGUGGAGCUCUCAUCUGAAGGGAAAGAAUCAGAACAGUGCACCCUUGAGGAUAUCAAUGCAAAUGUAGUUGAAAAUAUGAAGCUAUUGGACCUAGAAAUUGCAGCAACUAAAAGCCGAAAUCCAUCACCAAGUCGCCGGUUUAGCUUCAGCUUAAGUCGAAUCGGCAGAAGUUUCAGUUUAAAAGAGGGUUCAACUGUCCCACUAUUGAGCUCCCCAUAUGUUUCUGUCAAGUCUGGUCCAAUUAAGUCUGAGGAGUUCUCGUGUUUAGAUGAUUUGAACAGAGAAAGAGUCAAUGGUCCGACCAGAGCUAGAUCUAGCCCUUUAAGAAGGAUUCUAGACCCCCUGCUGAGGUCUAAGGGCUCAAACCCCGUCCAUGCUGCUGAAACUGUUCAGCCGGAAGAAAGCUUAACUUACAUCAGCCUUAGGCCAAGCUUUGAAUCACUUCCAAAUGAAAAGCGUGAACCACCAACAACUCAAGCUCUCCUUCAGCUAAUCAUAAAGAAUGGACUCCCUUUGUUUAGAUUUGUGGUCGACAAUAACAGCAAUGUUCUAGCAACCUCAAUGAAGAAUUUAGCAUAUGGGAAGGACGAUUCUGACCAAAAUUAUACAUUUUACUCGGUGAAUGAAAUUAAGAAAAAGAGUGGUGGGUGGAUAAGUCAAGGAAGUAAAAUGAAAAGUUGUGGCUACGCCUAUAAUGUCAUUGGUCAGAUGAAGGUUCACAGCUCUCGACGUAUAGAUUUAACACAACAAAACUCACAAGGCGAAUCCAUAGUUAGAGAGUCUGUUCUGUUUGGUGUUGAACUAAGACAUGAAGAUCGGGCAUCUCCGCAAUUUACUCCAAAUAAAGAGCUUGCAGCUGUUGUUGUGAACAUGCCGGGCGAACAGCAGAAAGAUAAAGAUGUGACUAAGAAAGGCCUUACAGUCAUGCUUCCAGGUGGUGUUCAUGGCUUGCCCAAAAAAGGAGCGCCUUCAACGUUGAUUGAGAGAUGGAAAUCCGGUGGAUUAUGCGAUUGUGGGGGGUGGGAUGUUGGCUGCAAACUACGAAUACUCACUAACCAAAACUGCGAAUUUCGCAGGUCAUCUAAUUGUUGGAAAGAUUCUGAUAGUUUCGAACUUUAUCUUCAGGGAAGAACUCAACAGAACAAACCCAUCUUGAGUUUGGUGCCACUAAACAAGGAAAUCUACUCGGUUGAAUUCAAUUCAUCAGUCUCUCUGUUACAAGCAUUCUUCGUUUGCGUCACAGUCUUAGGCUGCCCAAAAUCAUCUGACAUCUCAGAAAUAAAUUGCCCGUGUGAAGCUAAAAGUUUCCAAGCGGAGCCAAUAGUGAGUGGGGAUGGGGUAAGGAGCACCCAUCAAAACAUUUUCUCAGAAAAAAUUCCUGCUAAAUAUACUACAAAUCCACCAGCCUCCCCUGUUGGAAGAGUGUAGCUAUAUGAUCUUCUGCAGGUGAGUUUUUUUGCUUUCUUCUUCACGUAUAGAUGUCAAAAAUGUUCAAAUAGCCAUAGAGUUGCAACUUAAUUUCUUUAAACACACAUCUUAUAUUCAUGAACUGUUGUGCAUAAUUUCUACGACCUAAA